UCCUGUUCUCCUUCGGUGUUUAUCAACAAACAGGCUGCGCUCGUGUUCGCUCGUACAUUUCCGGAAGUGGUCGGUUUGUGAACAUGGCGAUGGCCUUACGAAAGUCUGCGUUGUUGUUCGACACAAGGUUGCUGCGCCCGGAGCUAAAAAUCCUCUGCUCCUAUCACAAGAAGGUUGUGGACCACUACGAAAACCCAAGAAAUGUGGGGUCUUUGGAUAAAAACGCCAGGAAUGUGGGCACUGGUUUAGUGGGUGCACCAGCCUGUGGCGACGUCAUGAAGCUCCAGGUUGAAGUGGAUGAAAACGGUAAGAUUGUGGACGCCAAGUUCAAGACAUUUGGCUGCGGAUCAGCCAUUGCUUCCAGCUCUCUGGCAACUGAGUGGGUGAAAGGGAAGUCGAUCGAUGAAGCUUUGAGGAUCAAGAACACAGACAUUGCAAAAGAACUCUGCCUUCCACCUGUCAAGCUUCAUUGUUCCAUGCUUGCAGAAGACGCCAUAAGAGCAGCCCUGUCGGACUACAGAGUAAAACAGAACAAGGAGGAGCAAGGUGUCAAAGCCAGCAGUUAAUUUCCCAUCGCUAAAUAUUCACAAUGGGUCGGUGUACCUCAGGGAUGUGUCGUGUAUGUUACAGGACUGUACAAAAAGCAUUCUUUAGAGAUAAUGGAUCAUUCCCUCUUGUUUUUCCUCUGCUAAUAAUGUAACAAGCCUAUUCCUCAAUAAAAUAUUUGCAUUUAUGAUGCUAGAAUAGUAACCUUAGCAUCAAAAUAAUAUAUUGCUGUAUCUCAAUUCUCUUCACAUUUGCGAUAGGUCUUGUAUGAUGGAGAUUUUGCAACUGGAAAUUAAAGGUCAAUAUCACAAUAA